GCUGGUGGACGGCGUUUAACGUUUGGCGUUUGGCGGUUUGGCGCUCAGUUUGUCAUUUGCACGCGCUGACACCGGUUGACCGACCACCAAAAACAACAAACCCAACAAAAAAUAAAAUAAACUAAAGUAAAAAACCAACAAAACCAAAAAAAAUAAAUAAAAUACGUGGAACAAGUAGAACCGCUGACCGAUGAUCGCGUGUAUUUUACUUAAAAUUUGAGACGCUAGUCGCUUACUAUUUACUCUGAUAAGAAACACCUUCAGAGAUAAGGCUGGAACGAAAUCGCUCUUAUCAGCUUUUCCAGAGCUUCCAGAGCACAGACAGAGCCAAAAGAGAACGAAAACAUGAACAAAGAGUGACGUCGGAUAGGGAGGAAGAAGCGGGCAAAGCAGAAGAACCAACACGACCGAUUAAUAUGAGUGAAUAAUUAGCCAGAGGCGGGCCUGUCUGUCGAGAUCAUGCGGAAUAUCAGAAAUCCCAAGGAUCCACCCAUGGACUACAAGUGGCUGACACUGGCACUCUUCCUUCUCCUGCUACCGGUGAUGGGGGCGGUGGCGGAGGAACUGGUCAAGGUCACAUGCACCGAAAACGAUACCACCUUUACCUGUGAUUGCAACAACAAUAACCAGCCCAUGGUCCUGCCAAAGUUACACGGAUCCUUCUACCAAGUAGAGGUACGCAACUGCCCCGACCUGGUCGUGGAGGCCAACUGCUUGUCAGACACCCAAGGACUAAGGAAGGUGACCUUUCGCAAAAUUGGACAGCUGGUGCUCAGGGAAUUCGCUCUGAGUGUGCCCCGGGAUGCCAGCAACAAGGCUCUGAUCGUCGACUUCGAACAGACGAACCUCAGGCUAAUCGAAUCGCACGCGAUCAAAGGCAACAUCGAGGAGAUCUCAUUCGUGGGCGGACGCAUCGACCAGAUGCUGCCCUUCGGAUUCACCACCACCAAAAAUAGUGCCAUACUGCUCAAGUUCGACGGAGUGACCAUCCAGCGGAUCGAAAGCCAGGCCUUCAAGAAGUUCUCCGUGGAGCAAAUGACGAUAACCAACUGCCAGUUCCUGGGGAACCUGCCCACUCGCGCCUUCUACGAACUGGAGGUGCUCCAUGAGCUGAGUGUUAAGGGGAAUCACUUCCAGGAGGUUCACUCCCAUGCCUUCUCCUUCAAACUUGUCUCUAAGUUGAGCCUGAGUGAGAAUCACUUUGCUGCCGUGGACGGGGAAUGGCUGGAGGCCCAGAUCCGGGACGCGGUGACACUCCGGGCCAACGACUUUGGGGCCACCAGUGAGAUAGCCUUCCGCAGCCUCACUGUCCACCGUUCCUACCAGCUCAGCGAACGGCUGGAGCUGCGCUUCCACAACAACACCAUCCGGAGCACCCGGCCUGGAGCCGAUCCCCUGGCCACGGAGGUAAAUGAUCGAGGAGUGGUGACCGUUCCCGGACAACCACUACGGUUCGAUGACCGCUUCGCUCUCAGUGUACGGGACUUGAGGUACGAGAAUACCUGGAGCUGUGACCAGCUGGACAGGAGCGUUGAACCGCCACUGCCACGUUCGGAGUUCUUCCGUCAGCACAGCGAUCAGCUGAUGUUCCAGUCCCUGGACAUCGGAGCAAGAGGAGUCAGCGGAGUUGGAGUGAUGCCACUCCGUACUUUGAUCCCGGAACAGUGCCGGGAACGCAGCUAUACGGCGUAUAUUGUGGCGGGAAGCGUACUCCUUGGCCUCCUGCUGAUCCUCCUCGUGCUGUUGCUUUGGUGGCGAGUCGUGCAGCGACGUAGACGUCGCAAGCUGGACGUGGUCCAGCCGGAGCCGAGGACCUACAAGGAGACCCAAAUCGUAUACCAAAUCGAAAACGCUGGCCUGCUCAAGACUGAUUUGUAGAAGCCAAGUUGGAAAGACAUAACCAUAAACGAAGCUACCAGAAGCUAAAGGAUCGGGUGACCCACCAGACCCGCCACCACCACCCAUACAGAACCACCUACGAUGAGUGACCUUUCGCUGUAACCAAAACCAUAGCCAACAAGCCUAGAUCUAGAGUAUAUAAUUAUGUAUUCCUAACUCGUAAUAUCCCUGUAUAUAGUCGCAAGUAGAGAUGUCUGAGGAGGUGUUUCCAAAGCACCGAAGAUAUAUUUAAAAAAUAAAUCAAUCGAAUGCCAAAA